CAUCAACAACGUACUACUGAUUAUCACUUUUGUGCAUACACAUACAUACAUUUACUGCAUCUCUCACAACUCGCUGUAUGUAGCUUGCUCCUCUGGAACGAUUGUGUACAAUACCAUCUCUGAAAGUGACCAGGCCGACCUGUACAAGACUACGAAACGUGGUACCUCUCUCCUCAGCUACACCACAACUUGAUCAUCCCCCCCUCACCCGGUCAAUACCUCCGCCUCCCCGUCCCCAAGACACUGCUCCGGACCGUUGUCUCAAAUUUCAUCCCGUCAAUCUCGCUUAUUCGACACGUUCGUCCGCCCUACAGGGCAUCCAUCCAGGCGGCAGGCGGCGUCCAGGUGACCGGACAACAUUAUUUCCCCAAGCGACGUUCAUAAACUUUUCACUCUGUAUCUCCCAUGGUCGCCAUUACAGCCAAGCCUCAAGACCCACCAACCAAUCCCGGCCAUCUGCAUACCCCUCUUCGACCCACCAUCACCACUCCCGCCCAUCCGGUCCUCAAACGCUCUCUCACCGAUCUGACCACAAAGUCUGCCUCUCAGGUCACUCCUCCAACUGCCAUCUCAUUAGACGAGGAACCGGAAGCCCUCGAUAUAGGUUCUCCCAAGAAUAGUCUACCUGGGCCGUCGCAACCCUAUCAACAUGCCUGCGACAUUCCCUUGCCAUCACGGAGACGACAUCGAGGUGGAGUCUUAUUUUCACGUAGUCGAGCCAGCUCUGCCGGGACCAGCUUUGAGAGCAGCAUGGACAUGACAAACAGCCUGAGCUUCGGUGAUUUGGCUUCGCUAGGGAGGAGACCGUCAGCUUCGACAGAAGACGAGGAAGAAGUUCUCAAGCCCAGGUCAAGAAGUCGGGAUGCUCAGCGCAGAGUAUUCAGUGAGACUGGCAGGCAGCAAGAACGAGUUGAAGAUCUAGCAGAUUGGGACAAUAGUGCUCGGUUCUAUCAUCGACUACAUUCUCGACCUGGGUCCAGAGCAGGUUCACGGCCGACGUCUCCUCUCCAUUCGCCUCAAGUCUCACCACGAGGUUCGAAAACAGCAGAAACCUCUCCUGUCUUUGCGCGUAGGCGCCUGACCCUUCCACCCAACAAUGUGCUCCUAUCCCCGCCUCCACCUCCUGGUGCCGGACUUUCGGCCCAAUUGUCGCCCAAUCAUUACUUCCUUCAGCAACAUCUCCCCCCGACAUUCCCACACACAUGGAGCCCAGAGUUGAGACCCAUUGACCGCGACAUGACCGUCUCGCCAAUGGUUAUUAUGACACCCACCACGGAUGACUGGAAAGUUUUGAAGGAGAUCAGUCGGACGGAAGGCGAACAUUUGCCGACCAGUGAGGAGAGCAGUGAAGGGACGCCGUCUCCUGAUCAGUCUCCAUCUCAAGAGUCCGUCGAGCGAAUGGUCGAUUCACUUACAGCAACACCGACGAUAUCAAGAAUGGGUGAUAGCAGGCCUGAGAGACCCCGACUCAGACCAUCCAUUUCUGCCGACAUUAUACAAGCAGAACCGAUACAUACAGCAGAUCCAGGAGGUUCAGCCGCAAAUCCUAUCACACCCGAGAAGCCCAACAUCAUACCCGUAAUCAUUGCUCCAUCACCUGUGGCUCCCGUUGAGCAAUUUGCACCUCAACCUCAACAAGAGCUGCACGAUCUACCCCGCCCUGAUCUGCUUGCAGUUGCAGCUCCAAGAGCCGAGACCAAAGACGCAGUAGAUGAUAUAGUAAUUGCAAACGACCUUCACAAGUCGAAAGGAUUUGUGAGUUUUGGGCGACGGGACAGUCUCAGAUCCCUGAAGAAACCGACUCUGGAGCCACGGACAAAGAGUAAACGCGAGCUCGAGCGGGAACGACUUUUCAAGCUUGUGGACGCUGAACUCGAGAAGGAGGCCAAUGCAGAGGCGGGAAGUCCUUCAUCGGAUGAUGGCCGCGGUGUUCAGCAAAUCGGUCUUGCUCGCCGACGUGACGCUGGGAGUCCAUCUGGUCAGCUCGACGUUCCUGUUUCGUCGCAGGGUCCCAAGUCUGCUGGUUUCAUUUCCAAGGACUCGAUUGAAGGUCAAACCGAUUUACGAGCGCUGAAACGUUCCAGUCUCCCACCUCUGACAAAAUUCAUAAUCGUCUCGCCAACACAGCCGAUCCGAUCAUCUCCGCUGCAUGCCUCUCCCGUGAUGCCCGGUCAACCUUUCGAUGGAUCGGCGGACUCAUCGCGCUCUCAAACUCCCAAUUCAGCGCAAUCCGGACUUUCCGGACUUUCUUCUCCCCAAGUAUCGAACCCGAACCUAGGCAGUAUACGCGAUUACGCUCGAGCAUUGUCGACUCAUCAUUCUGCAGCGGCGGAAGCCUCCGCGUCUCCAAAACUCACCCGGUCACCCCGACAGAGAGAUACCUCGAGAGUAUCAUUGGUAGCCGGUAGAUUGGUGCAACCUUUCACAGUUCCUCCCACAACUUCCUUGCCCCCUCCUAGCCCUGCCCUAAGUGUGCAAUCAAAUCUGCAAUCAUUUUCGCCCUUCCGGUCGCCCAGCUUGGGUCCGAAGCUGGGGGUGGGCACACCGCCUACAAUGAACCGGUUAGAUACACAAAUGUCUUUCGCUCCCAGUGUCGGAGCACCAAGUACUGUCGGGACACCAACAAGUGAGACUGCGAGUGGUAUUGGUGGACGAGGAAUCGAUGACUAUGUCAUUUUGAAAGAAGCAGGCAAAGGGGCGUAUGGUUUGGUUAUGAGAGCAAAGGUGAAAGGUCCCACUGGAGAGCCUGUAGGGGAUGAAGUGAUUAUCAAGUAUAUCAUCAAAGGACGUAUUCUUGCGGAUUGUUGGAAGAAACAUAAGAUCUUAGGUCCAAUACCUGUCGAGAUACAUGUCAUGGAUCAACUUCGUCAUCUUUUGUACAUACCUCCACCCAAACCCCAUCCAUGGGACCCGGCACGACCUCGUCCUGGUCUACUUGAAGAUUCGACCAGCGAAGAUACCACCCCUCGACCCUUUGAAGGUAGUUCUGAUGGGACUGAAGGGCAGUAUAACGAAAUCCGCAAAUCGAAUGGAGAGGAUGCUUCGAUCGUGUCAAGCAUAGAGACAGCUGCGCGGGGCGGAUAUACCUCGACACAGAGAUAUCUCUCGUCGGAAAUGAGGUAUAGUCCUGAACGAGGACAUCCUAACAUUUGCAAACUGCUUGACUUUUUCGAGGAUCGAGAGUUUUACUAUUUGGUCAUGCCACGCUUUGGUACUGGUGUCGACCUUUUCGAUCGCGUCGAAGCCUCGCCCACCGGUCUUGAUCCAUUCGAAGUUCGCUCUUUAAUGGGUCAACUCGCCGACGCCGUCCGGUUCCUUCACGCCAAUGGAAUAGUCCAUCGUGACAUAAAAGACGAAAAUGUCAUUCUGGACGGUACCGGUCAUUGUCAACUUAUCGACUUUGGUUCUGCCGCUCAUUGGCGUCCUGGGAAGAAAUGGGACACUUUUUCGGGUACUUUGCAUUACGCAAGUCCCGAGAUUUUACGUGGGGAAAUGUAUGGUGGGAAAGAACAAGAUGUUUGGGCUUUGGGUGUUUUAGGGUACGUUUUGUUAGUCGGUGAAACUCCAUUUUCAGCAUUACCAGAAGACGUCUUGGAAGGUUUGACAUCUGAAAGUGUGGCGGCGGUGGGUUUACAUUCUCGUUGUGAAGAUGGUCAUGAGGAUGAAGGUAGGGAAAGAGAUGGUGGUGGAAGAUUAGGUGAUGCGGCGGAUUUAGUGAGAAGAUGUUUAGAAAUGAUUGUCGGGGAUAGACCCAGUGCAGAGAUGAUUUGUCAACAUCGGUUUUUGGUAGGUGAAAAUGGAUGGGUGGGACAUAGAGGUUGGGUAAAAUGAUGAUGAUGAUGAUUAUCUUUAUCUGUCUGUGAAAGGAGGUUUUUCACAUGUUGGUCUCUGAAGUAUUAGGGUGUAAAGGGUGUGUGAUAAGAUGAGAAAGAACAAAAUGGACAAAGUUGUCAGCAUGGGAAGGGAAUCGAAUAUGAAAAAACAUAGAAAUUUGACAUUUGGCAUGAAUCGUUAGCAUUCAUAAGAG